AUGGAUUAUCAGAGCAGGCAACUAGCCGAAGAUUUCUUUUUGAGGGAACCAGUGGAUGCCAGAAUAAGGAAGCCUAAAGAUGAGCCCAAUGAAGAUCCACACCCUAAUCUUAAGGUGGAGAUGCAAACUGUUCGUCUCAAUCCAGAUUCUCAAAAGUUGGUUUUGGAUACCUUGAGGUUUAUACAUGGACCUGAUUUUAAAUUGGGUAGUGCAAGUCUUUACAAGGAUAAAGGCUCAAAUCUCGGCAAUCGCUACUGGAUGGAAAGAGGUAACCUAAUAGUUCAGGGAGGUUGUGAUUACUCUUUGACAGUAAAACCUGAUAUGGAAUCUUCCGAAGUCAGGCUGAGAGCUUUUGCUCUGGCUAAAUUAGAAAAAUAUAAUUUCCACAAACCACAUUGCGCUGAAGCAUUAGAAGUGGCAGCUGAAAGUCUUGAAAAAGCCUUAGAAAUUUUGUUUAUGAAAUAUUUUAAAGUUGAACCACAAGAAAGACCCAAUGAUAUACCAAGCCAAAAUGAAUUGUUAGAAAUGAGAACAGAUGAGACAGCAGUAUUAGAAUCAAUAUAUGAUACAAGCUUCAAAAUAAAAGACAAUAAUGUUUGGACUGUUAAAUUGCAAUUAGAUUAUCUUACAAAGAUGUAUGAAAAUAAAGAUGUUGAUAAAUCUAAAACUAAAAAGAAUGUUAACUAUAAUAAUAACUUAAAGAGUAAACCAAAAGAGGUGUGCAAGCUUUAUUUAAAAGGUCCUUGUCGAUUUGGUGCUAAAUGCAAAUUUUUGCAUGAAAGUAAAGUAGAGGAGCAUAUCUCAAAUACAGUGGUUACCGAUGAUACAAAAAUUAAUUAUGAAUUAGAAAUAAGAUUCCCGGAAGACUCAUGGUAUCCUUAUCAACCUCCAUUAAUAUUUUUCAAGGCAGAGACUUCUACAACUCUUAUACCUCAAACAGUGUUUUUGAAAGUAACAGCAAAACUGUUAGCAGAAGCUAAAGUCUUUGCUCAAGAUGGUAUACCGAGUGUAUAUUCAUUAGUCGAAUUAUUAAACAAUGAGGAGGAUAUAAAGAAUUUUAUACAAUUUGACACUGGCACUUUUCCUGAACCUUCAGAGCCUUUGUUCCCUCAAUUGAUUGAGGAUUCUAGUUUAAGUAAAGAAAAGUUACCCUCCCAUUAUAAAAAAAGUCAAAACAAAAACACUAGAAAUAAUAUAAAUAUGGAUGAAGUUAUAAAAGAAAAUAAAGAAAUUGCAAAGAGAUGGUUAGAAAAGCCAUCUAACGACAGAUACAACAAAAUGAUGCACACUAGAAGAAAAUUGCCGGCAUGGCAGAAACGUAGUGAUAUUUUGAAUGCUAUGAAGAAGUCACAGGUGAUAGUAAUAAGUGGAGAAACGGGAUGUGGUAAAAGCACUCAGGUACCUCAGUAUAUUCUAGAUAAUUGGUUGGACAACUUUAAUAAAGGUGGUUUGCAGCAUGUUGAGAUAGUCUGCACCCAGCCCAGAAGGAUAUCAGCAAUAGGAGUAGCUGAUAGAGUGGCAGAAGAGAGGGUUGAGAAGACUGGCCAAGUUAUUGGAUAUCAGAUAAGAUUAGAAAGCAAGGUUUCAUCCAAAACCCGAUUAACUUUCUGCACCACCGGUAUACUGUUACGGAGACUUGAGUAUGACCCUCAAUUACAAUCCGUCACCCACGUGGUAGUCGAUGAGGUUCAUGAACGGUCCGAAGAGAGUGAUUUCCUUUUACUGAUCCUCAGAGACCUGGUGAAGGUCAGGAAAGACCUCACCGUUAUAUUGAUGAGUGCCACUUUGAACGCAGAACUGUUCUCGGAUUACUUUGGCAACAUACCAGUGUUGGAAAUUCCAGGACGAACAUUCCCUGUUGAACAGCUGUUCUUGGAAGACAUUAUGGAGAUAACGAAUUAUGUGUUGGAAGAAAAUGGACCUUAUGCUCGUAAAGUUAAGAAAGGAGAGAAAAAGACCGAUAUAGAAACGGAACUAGAAACCGCGGAUGUCCGCGCCGAUUCGAACGAACCGCCGAAGCAGUCGAUACGAGACGACAACCUGACGAUAGCGCAGAUGUUGGCUCGAUACCCGAAGUGCAGCAAAAUCACGUGCAAGAACAUGUAUCUAAUGGACACUGAGAAGAUAAACUUAGAUUUGGUUGAGCAUGUGCUGACGUAUAUAGUGAAUGGAGAUCACAAAUGGCCAAGAGAGGGAGCCAUUUUGAUAUUCCUCCCAGGGAUCGCAGAAAUCAUGAGUCUACACGACCAAUUAGCCGAAAGCCACACAUUCAGUCCAAAAACAGGUAAAUACGUCCUUGUGCCUCUACACUCCACGUUAUCGAGUGAAGAACAAGCGUUAGUAUUCAGAAAACCUAGACCGGGAGCUCGCAAGAUUGUGCUUUCAACAAAUAUAGCCGAGACUUCUGUUACUAUAGACGACUGCGUUUUUGUAAUAGACUGCGGCCGCAUGAAGGAGAAAAGAUUCGACUCGAAUCGCAAUAUGGAAUCGCUAGAUCUAGUAUGGGUAUCUCGUGCGAAUGCUAAACAACGUCGCGGUCGAGCCGGUAGAGUGAUGCCCGGUGUAUGCGUUCAUCUGUACACUUCCCAUCGAUUCAACUACCAUAUAUUAGAGCAACCAGUACCAGAAAUACAUCGGAUACCGCUAGAACAACUAGUACUGAAGAUCAAAAUACUGCCGUUGUUCCAAGAUAUGAGCGUCCAUGAAGUCUUAGGUAAAACAGUCGAACCUCCGACCAAGACGAACGUAGACGGCGCCCUCUGUCGGCUUCAAGACGUGGGCGCGUUAGACAAGUCGUUCUCUCUCACCGCGUUAGGCAAGCAUCUGGCCGAGUUGCCGGUAGACGUGCGGAUAGGCAAGCUGAUGCUGUUCGGGGCCAUAUUCUGUUGCGUGGACUCUGCUCUGACUAUGGCGGCAUGUUUGAGCCACAAGAGUCCGUUUGUUGCGCCGUUCGGGAAGAAGUCAGAAGCCGACGCUAAGCGAAGAGAAUUCGCGUGGUCCAACAGUGACCAACUCACAACGCUUAGAGCUUAUAGGAAAUGGCAACACGCUAUGAAACGGAGUACGCACGCGGCUCUCGUAUUCGCUAGUGAAAACUUUCUAUCGCACAAGACAAUGUUAAUGUUGGCCGACAUCAAGCAUCAGUUAUUGGGCUUGCUGGCUUCUAUAGGCUUCGUGCCGGAUAUGCCCGCGCUGAGACGGAAGAUGAGGAAGGAUUCCGUCGAAAGUCUUACAGGAGAAGAGUUAAACACCAACGGUAACAAUGAUAGACUUCUAUCAGCUAUUCUUUGUGCGGCUCUGUACCCUAAUGUUGUCAAGGUAUUGACACCAGAGAAAUCGUUUCACAUGCAAGCCGGCGGGGCUAUUCCUCGUCAGCCGACUCCCGACGAAUUAAAGUUUAAGACUAAGUCCGACGGUUAUGUGGCUUUACACCCUUCGUCUGUUAACUCAAACGUGGGUCAUUUCGUCAGUCCUUACCUGGUUUACCAGGAGAAAGUGAAAACUUCGAGGGUCUUCAUCAGGGAAUGUUCUAUGGUGCCGCAAUUGCCUCUACUGCUUUUUUCUGGUUGCAAUUUGUCGGUGGAACUGCACAACGGUACUUUCACUGUGUCCUUAGAAGACGGCUGGAUUAUGUUUCAAGUGGAAAAGCAUGAAGUUGCCGAAAUGCUCAAAACAAUAAGAGUGGAACUAAUAAACCUACUCGAGGAGAAAAUUAACGACCCAAGUUUGAAUUUACUACACUACGAGAAAGGCAACAAAAUCAUCAAAACCAUAGUGCAGGUCAUUAGUAAAGACUAA